UAGUUUCCUGAGCUAUGACUUUCGUAAGUUCCUUUGACUGCGUGGUGACGUCUUAGGCCCCUUGAAGACGCUCGGUUUUCAACAUUCUUCAAGGAUUUCGUCCUAAAUCUUCGGAUCUUCGGUCGCCCCUGAGUUAACACGUUGGAUUAUGUCUGACUUGGUAGACGACUGCAUUACCAUUGUGAUUUGCAGGGUUUCGGCACCGAGGAUAAUGAGGUUUCGAGCCUCGGGAGUUCUCGCCAUCGCACUGCUGGGAGUGUACCUGGUCACGAUCGCAAUGGUGGGCUGUAACAUCAGCUGGCUGGUUGGCAUAGAUUCUCACGGCAACAGGGACGACAGGAGAAGCCUGAAGGCUAAGUGCGGCUGCAACUGUGGUGUCAAAGGAUCCAGAAAAUGUCCUCCUGACGUUUCUGCGAGAGACGUGAACAGCGCCACCCGGCGACAUACUGCAGACGAGAUCUCUCGCCUCAUAGACGUCAUACUCAAGGAAGGCAUCAGGAGGGACCGCAUACUCGAAGAAGCCGACGGAAAACUUCUCAACAAUAGGAAUUGUUCAGAUACUAAGGAAUCUAGUGAUGAGAAUUUUGGAAUCUCCGACAAGGAAUCGUCUACUGUAGAAAACAACAACAGUCCCUUGGUCCCGAAGGAAGUAAUGAGCGCCUUCGAAGGAGAAUGGAGAAAAAACGAGACGCUUUUUCAAGAAAUGAAGCGUGACUUGACAAGAUGCUGUAAGGCAGAGUCGUCAUUCAUGACGAAACGGAACGUUAGAGUCGGAGAAAUCGUACCGAACGUUCUCAACCCAAAACUGCCUCUGAAAAUGACCAAAGACAUCUACAGAAAUUUGAUAAAGGACUGGCCUUUUAAAAACAAACGCUUCGAUAAAUGCGCAGUGGUAGGAAACAGCGGCAUCUUGCGGGGAAGCUACUGUGGUGCAUCCAUCGACAGUGCAGAUGCAGUAUUCAGGUGUAAUUUGCCACCGCUUGGCAAGAAGAUCUAUCAAGAGGACGCUGGGAAAAAAUCAAGCUUCACCACUGCUCCAUUGUCAAUGCUGAAAACGUAUAUUCAGAUGCACAACGAGUCUGUGAGAGAGCAGUUUUUAAAGGACAUGGAGCAAUAUAACGGUAUUCUGCUAGCCAAGAAACCCAACAAUUACACCAAGUACAUGAUAGAUUCUAUCGCAGCUACCAGGGGUGAGGAGCUACAGAUGGUGUACGAACAUCCGCACCACUUCCUGCGUACCAACAACUACUGGAACAACCACGGCAUUCCGAAGAAAAUCACCUCAGGUAUCUACCUCCUCAGUUUGGCCCUGACGCGGUGUGACGAAGUCCACGUAUAUGGCUUCUGGCCCUUUCCUCGCGACCACAAGGGCAAUGCGGUGGCUUACCACUACUACGAGGCACCGGUUUUUACCAAGGACUCGCACGACAUGCCGCUGGAGUUCAUGAGAAUACGUCGUCUCCACCAAGAUGGCGUCAUCCAGGUUCACAUGCGCUGUUCACGUGAUGCGCCCGAGCAGUCACGUGAUAGCAACCUGCAUUCACGUGAUCAUGGCCAGCCUGAUCUGAGUCGACCAAUAAAUGAUCCGAUCGGAGAUUUAGUAAAUUUGCAGAAAGAAAAGGAAGGAUCAAGAUGACAAAAUGAUUUAUAUACGAAUUGAAAUGUCUAAAGAAAGUUCAGUCGCAGGAGAUUUUGACUAAAACGUUAUCUAAAAAAACUGACACAGAACAAAA